UGGAGUCCAAGGAUAGUCAUCUUCCAGAAGACCUGCCCCACCCAUGGCCUUAUUUAAAAGAUUKCUUUGAAAUAACCGGGUCAAAAAACGAUUCCUGGAGAUUCCAAUGCCGCCUUUGCCUUCCCCGAAAGCAUGAAAUUCUAGCUUUCAAAAAUUCACCAUCAAAUUUGAAAAAACAURUCGAGGUAAGUUAAGUUGCUAAACGCUAUCUGAUGUUAAAUAAAUUUAUGUUAGWKAAGUUUUAUGUAAUCUUAGCAAGCUUUUUGUUGAACUCGACUGCAGUAAAUAAAUACGAUUACUGUAUAUUGUUAUAAGCUAGCAUGAACUUGCAAGUAACAGUGAUUACUGCGGUCGUGAUCACRUCUCCCGCCAUGAAUGUUACAUAUAAGUUAACGCUAAACUCCUUCAGGUCCUGGUUAUUGAAUAAAUGUUARCGCCAUUAAAAUAAUCUCCAUGUAACAGUUACAGUCAUAUUCAAUAAAUUGGAAAUUGUUUUCCAAUGAGACUCAAUUGUCGCAAGUCCGGCGACAUUGGCGGACAUUCCCGCCCAAGAGUCAGCCGUACCCCCCUGGCCUGGAAGGUGUUUAUUGUUUUUACCUUAGAAUGGCCAACUCUCCGUUGUUGCUAUAUCAAUUUGAUACAGUAGAGGCUUCCGCACUUCCCAUAUCUGUGCUUUUUGUCACUAUUUUCAGGAGUUGAAACUGUAAGCCGUUGUUAACAUGUCGUUACCUGCUUUUUCAAGCCGCCUCUAAAUGCAGCACGAGUGUUAAGACGCUCGCUGGGUUUACAAAUGUGGGGCAGUGAAGGAGACCAGCUGCUGCUGUGUAGAGCUACUCACAUGUGUUAGUAUCAUGGCAACAAAACGCAAAGAACUUAGCACAUUCAGAGGGAUCAGUUUGAGAUCACUGCUUUAAAGAGCCCAUCCUUUCAGGAUUUUUUGUUUGAUGGUGUUGUGUGUUAACAGUUGAUGUUUUUUAUUAUUCUUAUCUAAUUUGUAUAAAUUAGGAUUAAGAUUUAUAAAGAGCAUAUGUUUAUUUUCAGAGAAAGCAUGGCAGUCAUYUCCAGCAAUACCUUGCAAUGACUGCAGUGGUCGUCAAAAGGAAAGGAUCUGACUCCAAUGAAGGUGCUUCAACCAGCAAGCAGAGAAAACUUGAGGAAAGCAGUAAWGUUUCUCAGAAGAGUGUUGACCAKGCWGUGAUAAACUUCAUUGUCCAGGGUUUGCACCCUUUUGGAAUAGUAGAACAGGCAGGAUUUCRAAGCCUGGUGCUGCAGCUUCAGCCUAAUUCUACUGUGAUAUCUCGUUCAACRGUUCGAACCAUGAUUGAAAAAAAUACAGCAGAAAUGAAGGCAAAUGUAAGAAAAGCAAUGCAAAAUAUCAAAUACAUUGCUACAACAACGGAUUCCUGGACUUCACACCGGCAGAGCAUUGUUGGAGUGACUGCUCACUGGAUAGAUCCUGAAAGCCUUGAGAGAUCAUCGGUAGCUCUUGCUUGCAGGCGACUUAAAGGUCCCCACACAUUUGACGCAUUGGCUGGUCUCCUCAACGAWAUUHAUACUGAGUUCAACAUCCGGGAGAAAAUUGUGAGAACCACCACUGACAAUGGCUCCAAUUUUGUUAAGGCCUUUAGGGUUUAUGGCCCUGGUGAAAACAACAGUCUGGACAAAUCUAGUGUAGGAAGUUUAGCUGAAGGGCACCAAGUAGUGGAAGUGAAUGAAAAUGAGGAAGACGAUGCUCUGGGAGUGGAGGUAGAGGCUGUUGAGAUUGGAUCUCUCUUGGAUGAAGAAGAUGAUAGUUCAGAAUAUCAGCUACCAAAGCAUCAUCGCUGUGCCUGUCAUGUGCUUAAUCUGAUCUCAACAGUGGAUGCCACCAAAGCAAACUCAAAUGAGACUUACAAAAAGCUUUCACGUGCAUCAUUUGCCAAGUGUGGGGGUCUGUGGAACAAGAGUGCUCGAUCUACAAUAGCUGCAGAGGUAAUUGAAAGAGAGUGUAAGCUCCAACUCAUCUGCCCCAAUGACACCAGGUGGAACUCCCUGUUUCUGGCGGUGGAACGUAUACUGAGGAUCAUCAAAGACAAUGGAGAAGGGGCCAUCAGAGCAGUUUGCAUUGCACUUAAAGUUCCCAUGUUAAAUCCUGCUGAGCUUGCUUUCCUGACUGAAUAUGUUGCAACCAUGAGACCAGUCGCCAAGGCCCUCAAUAUAAUGCAGGCAGAAGCAGACGUCCAUAUGGGAUGGCUGGUGCCCACCAUAAGCCUUCUGAGUGUGAAACUUGACCGCCUACGGAUCUCCACUAAGUUCUGCCAGCCACUGAUCGAUGCACUUCAAGGAGGGAUACAGCAGAGCUUUGGACCCAUGCUUGCUGACCCUGAACUCAUAGCAGCAGCGAUUCUUCUUCCAAAGUUCCGAACAUCCUGGACAACCAAGGAUGACAUGCUGAAAAUGGGACUGGACUACAUCAAGACAAAUCUGGAUCAAGAGCCAAUGCAGCUCGUUCGGGACAACUCAAGCUCAUCAGAUGAGGAGGACUACUUCAGAGUCAUUAAGAGCAACAUUCAAGAGACUACCAGACAGCUAGAUGCAUAUUUGGCCAGCACAAGUGAUACCAUGGAUAUUCUCAAGUCAGUUCCGGCAGUGUUUAAUUUGUCUUUAAAAGUAAACACACCUUUGCCCGCCUCAGCAGCCUGCGAAAGACUCUUCAGUAUAGCAGGACAAAUUUUCUCACCCAAAAGAGCCAGGCUGGACUCUAAAAACUUUGAGAACCAACUUCUGCUUAAGCUGAACAAGAAAUUCUUGCCGUGAUAUUAAAAUGAUAAGUUCAUGUGGUGCUAUGGUUAGAGUAGGCUGACUGAAGCUGACCCCCACAAUUUCUUCAAAUCAAUGUCAAAUGUUUGUGCAGCAAAAUUUGAGUUCCUCCUGGUUUGUCUUUGAAGAUAUCAAUGGGCAUUUAAAGGUAAUUUUGACUUCGUAAAUGGGGCGGGGGACUGGUUGACCUUUGGACCUUUAGACGUUCAUUAAUAUCUUCAAAGGUAAGCAAUACAAACAAAAAAAAUUUCUGCAUAAAAGGCACAAAUGUUUAACACCAAUUGUCUGAUUUGAAGAAUGUGGGGGGACCAAUUUCAUUCAGAUCAGGCGCACCCAUAUACAGAGGCUACAGAACUUUAUGUGGCUGUUCCAAGUUGGACUCCUCUUCCUUGAUUGUAUGUUCUCAGCCCCUUUCUGUUAAGAGUUCUCUCAAAAUAGCUGUUAAAAUAGCAAAAAAGUUAAGUUCAUGUUUUGUUAGGACGGAAGACUAGAUGUUUCCAAAUCGCUUGAUGUUUGUUAGGUCAGUUUAAAGUCCCUUUUUUCAGGGAAACAAGUUUCUUUUGAAUGUGUUUAUUUUGAAUUAAAUAAAACAUUUCAAAGGUA